AUGGUUCUCACAGAUUACACCUACAUCUUUGCCAUCGGCACCAUCUUUUCUCUCCUGGAGGCCUACAAUAAUGGAGCCAAUGAUGUGGCCAACUCGUGGGCAACGAGCGUUUCCUCCCGGUCCAUCUCGUACCGCUGGGCCAUGAUCCUCGGUACCGUCUUUGAGAUGAUCGGCGCCAUCACGGUGGGUGCCAGGACGGCCUCGACCAUCAAGAACGGCAUCAUCCCUAUCGACGCGUUCCAGGGCAACGCGGCCGUGCAGCUGCUGGCCUUUGCCUGCGCGUCCGCUGGCGCCUCGACGUGGGCCAUGUGGUGCACCCGGCACUCGGCCCACGUCUCGUCCACGUAUUCGCUCAUCUCGUCGCUGGCCGGCGUGGGCAUCGCCGCCGUCGGGGCCGGCCAGGUCCAGUGGGGCUGGAAUGGCGGUCAGGGGCUGGGGGCCAUCUUCGCCGGGCUCGUCGUGGCGCCAGCCUGCGCCGCCGGGUUCGGGGCCGUCAUCUUCUCCACCAUCCGCCUGGUCGUGCACGUGCGCAGGGACCCCGUCGCCUGGGCCGUGUGGACGUCGCCCUUCUUCUUCCUCAUCUCCGGCACCGUGUGCACCCUGUCCAUCGUGUACAAGGGGUCCCCACGGCUCAGCCUCGCCGACGAGCCGGUCUGGUACAUCGCCUCCGUGACGCUGGGCGCCGGCUUCGGCCUGUCCGCCCUGUCGGCCGUCUUCUUCGUGCCCUGGGCCCACGCCAAGGUCGUCAAGAGGGACCAGCGCCUCCGCGUCUGGGACCUGGUCCGAGGCCCGCUCCUGUGGAGGAGGCCCGCCGCCGAGGACUCCUCCGCCGAACCCAAGGUGCCCGACUACGCCGUCGUCCAGGACGACUCCGGCUCCGUCACCGCCGCCACCACCUCCGCCACCACCGGCGCCGGCACCUCCGAGGCCAAGGAUGCCACCGUCGUCAACACCCCCAUCGAGGCCUCCUGCACCGCAGACCCGGAGCGCCAGCAGCCCACCCAGGACGAUUACAAGGACACGGUCAGGAGGGAUCGGGAACGCUUCCACGUCAAGCUGCGCCGGCGCCGCGGCGCCCUGGGCUGGGCCAUGCGCACGCUCCACGAGAACGCCAUGGGCGCCGGAUCCGUGUACGAGAGGCACAACGUCGUCGCCCUAUUCAGGCGGCUGCCCGCCAUGGCAGUCGCCGCCCUCCUGUACGGAAUCAGCUACGACAUCCACGCUGCCCAGACCGGCAUCUCAGGCACCCCCGAGGGUCGCCGUAUGGAGCGUGUCUACUCGUACGCCGAGAAGUACCCCAACCCGGUCGAGCACCUGUACUCGUUCGUGCAGGUCCUGACCGCCUGCACGGCCUCGUUCGCCCACGGCGCCAACGACGUGGGAAACGCCGUCGGUCCCUGGGCCGCCAUGUAUGCUACCUGGUCCACCUCGAGGCCGGCCGAGGAGGAGACACCCGUGCCCAUCUGGCAGCUCGUCGUCAUCUCCGGCACUCUGUCUAUCGGUCUCGUCACCUACGGGUACAACAUCAUGAAGGUCAUGGGCAACAAGAUCACCUACCACUCCCCCAGUCGCGGAUCGUCCAUGGAGCUCGGCGCCGCCAUCACCGUCCUCGUCUUCUCCCAGCACAAGCUCCCCGUCUCGACCUCCAUGUGCAUCACCGGUGCCACCGUUGGCGUCGGCCUGUGCAACGGUACCUUGAAGGCUGUCAACUGGCAGAGGGUCCGUCUGCUCGUCUUUUCGUGGUUCAUGACCAUUCCCGUUGCUGGGUUGAUCGGUGCAUGUCUCAUGGGCGUUAUGCUCAACGCUCCUCACUUUUAA